AUGUGUGCAAGUAGUAUGUCGAUGCCAGUUCGAUUUUCAUCUCGUCUUCCAUCCGAUUGUUCUUCCGAUAAAUUAUUAUUACCUCUUCGUUCAACAAGAACUGUUAAACGUCGUUCAAGUUUAUUUGAAAAAAGUCGUGAUUGGGCUCGACGUAUUAUAUCAUCUCGUCGUAUAAAUCGACGAAAUACUUCGUCGAAUGAUAAAAUAAUUAUACGAGAUACUUGUUGUACUAAUACUGAUAAUCAAGAGAAGAAAAAAAAGAAAACUUUUAAUAGUCAUAGUCUUGAUGAAGACGGUUAUUUAUCGCCAUUGGAAAUCAAAGCAAAAUUAGAGAAUAUUUCUCAGGAAGAUGAUCGACAUUAUACACUGCCAGAUCGUCGACAUUCUCUCUCACGAAUAUUGUAUAAAUCAUCACCACUACCGCCGCCAGUUGUAACUGAUCAUGGAUUAUGUUCUAGUAACUCUGAAUCACAUCUCGUUUAUCGAUGUCAAUCGAUGCGAACACUUAAAGCACAACCACCAUUAACGUGUCUGUUAACAAAACGUUCAAGAGAAACGGAAUCUACUGCUGAAAUCGAUGAUAAAAUAAGUCCUUUAGUAUGUUCAAAUAAUAUUUCGGAGAAAACAAAUCGUUCAUAUUCGUUAACAUCGUUUGCAGGUGAAUAUAAAAAAAGUUUAAUAUCACAUGAUGAACCUAUCGAUUAUAUUGAUUUUGAUUGUAUCGAUGGUGGAGAUGAGUGUCAACAAAUAAGUCCUAGUCAUGAGUAUUGUGCAGUUAAUGAAUCAGAUCAAACAGAUGAUGUUCUUCAAGAUUUAAAAUUAUUAUUCGAUGACGAUGAACAAUCGCCGUCAUCUACAAUAUGUACAUUACCUCCUAUUGGUAAUUUACCCUCAUCUCGCCGUCGAUUAGCGGCACGUACUUCGUCUCCAUUAUCUUCUCGUCGAUCAACAAAUACAUCUUCAAUUUCAACAGAUUCUGGUUGUUAUAUGAUAAAUAGUGAAGUAUUUGAUCAACCAACGAAUUCUGUGAAAAUGAUUCCAUUACAACUUAUCUCAUGUACACUAUGUUCACUUAAUUCUAUUACCGUUUUUUCUGAUAAUUCAACACCGUCUUCGAACAUUUAUUUAACGGAAAAUAAAGACUUACCAUCAUCGUUGUCCUCUGCAAAUGUUUAUUUUCAAUAUUCGUCAUGCAAUUGUCAUCAGAAUCAUCCUUCUACUUUUUAUCGUAAUCCAAAAUUGUAUUAUCCACAAAGUUUAACAUAUGUAAAAGAUAAUAAUUUAUCAUUAAAAAAUUCACAUUCGUAUCAUUCAUUAUUGAAAAAAAAUAAAUAUUCUUCAACAAAAAAAUGUUAUUCAAAAGGAUCAGGAUCAUCUGUUAUUGAAAAUUAUAAUCGUUGUACUUGUCCGUAUUAUUCGACAAAUAAUUGUGUUUCUACAUCUCAACAUCGUCCUCAUAAAACCAUAGCCGAAGAACAAUGUAAAACAAAAGAAACACUUUUAUCGGAUGACGAGAGAGAGUUAAUGAGUGCUCCAUGGUACAAACCGAAUAUUGAACGAGAGACCGUUUGUGAUGCACUACAAAAAGCCGAUUAUGGCAUGUUUAUACUACGCAACAGUAAAACUCAUAUUGGCUGUUUUGCAUUAUCGAUUAAAGUACCGAAAUAUUAUCAAGAAAAUAACAUUGCACAUUAUCUUAUCGAAAAAGUCAAUAAUCAAGGUUAUAGAGUAAAGGGAACAAUUAAAAUAUUUCCUAGUCUCUCGUCACUUAUAACGCAUCAUUCUGUUAUGCCAGAAACAUUUCCUAUCACAUUGAAUUUGGCGGCUUAUCAAGUGUCCAAUAAUCAUUCGCAUUGA